AUGACAGGUAACUGGCUUCGGGUGCUGAGUUUCAUCUUGCUAAUAUAUGCUGCUCAUGGAUGUCCUGAAAAAUGCCUAUGCCACACAGUUUCAAAGACUGCAGACUGCAAGAAUAGAGGACUUACAGAAAUUCCUGCCCACUUACCUCCUGGAAUUCAGAUACUACAGUUGCAGAACAACCGUAUUUGGAGAAUCAAUGAAAAUGCAUUUACUGGAACACCAUUGCUCAAAAUCUUAGACUUGUCUAAUAAUUCUCUCUCAAGUUUGGCAGCUGGUGCUUUCCAAAAAUUACGAUAUCUACAGGUUCUAAACCUAACCAGAAAUUUGAUUCAUUAUAUAGAAAACAAGACUUUCAGUUUCCUCCCACACCUCAAAGAACUGGACUUGUCAUCCAACAGCAUUAUACGUUUGCCUGAGACUUUUGGAAACAGUACAGGGAAUAUAACAUUGCUGUCUGUGAAACACAACAAACUUCAGAAAAUGGAAAGAGUUCUGCUGGAGUCACUUCCAAACCUGAAAGUUGUUCUUUUCAUAGAUAAUCCCUGGCAAUGUAACUGCAAUGUCUUUGGCCUGAAACUGUGGCUGGAAAGUUUUUUAUACAGAGGAGGAAUAAGUGAUGGCAUUAUCUGCUCAACACCAGGGAUUCGGAAGGGCAAGGACCUCCUCAAAGUUCCUUAUGAGCUGUUUGGGGCAUGCCCUCUUACAACAGCUCAUGUUCAUCUGGCUAGCAUUCAUCACCACAACUUCGAGCACCGAAGUUCUCUGAAGCAUGCUCAUCACAACGAACAUGGGGAAAACAGCCCGUCAAACUGUGAAUCCAAACCAAAGCCAAGGCCUGUUAGUUUGCGUCAUGCAAUUGCCACUGUAGUAAUAACUGGAGUUGUCUGUGGAAUUGUGUGUCUAAUGAUGUUGGCAGCUGCUGUUUAUGGUUGUGCCUAUGCUGCAAUUACUGCUAAAUACCACAGAGAACAUUUGGCCCCAGCAAGACAGCAUGGGACUCCUGAGGAAAAAGAGCCAUUCGAUAGUUCCUUGGCUUGAGUUACUUUUGUCUUUGGUUUCUUCAAAAUAAAGAGCCCUCACUUCAGUUAAAAAGCCCAGAAUCUAAAUAGGAUUGAUAUAAUAGUUAUGACUGCUUUUCUUUCCUUUUUCGCAUUGAAGAAAUUUUAUGUAUACAUGUAUAUUCAUUCCUUGAAAUAAAUAUAAAGACUUUA